AUGCCUCAACGGCGUAGUUUCGGCACAGAAAUUAGUGCAAAUCGUCAAAGAGGCUAUCAACACAGUUCUGAAGCCAAGGCCUCCAUGCUGACAAUGCUGGAUGCCGGUGUAUCUGCCCGGCGUGUCGCGCAGGAGUUUAACACGACGCAUUCCACAGUGUUACGUAUCAAAAAAACAUGGACUGAAAGCCACACACUUGCCGUAAAGCCUCGAAAAGGGCGUCCUUUGAAGUUAUCACGAACAGCAAGAAGGUAUACUAUCCGCAUGGCCUCUCGUGAUCGCCAGAUUUCAUACGACGCGUUGAUUGGUGCAACACCUACGCAGGUCUCGCGUCGUACGAUACAACGCGUCAUGGCCACGCAUUUCGGGCGCAAAUGGAAGGCAAUGGAUAGGCCAAAACUAGAUGCUGAAUCUGCUCGUCAGAGAUUACAAUGGGCAGAAGGCUGGCUUCCGGACAUCGAAGAAUUAGAGCAGGUGAUCUUCUCCGACGAGACCUCUGUGCAGAAUAAAUCAUCCAACCCACAAGCCUAUGUCUUCCGGUUUCCUCAUGAGAAGUAUAAUAUGAGCCUGGUGAACCUCAAGGAUCAUGUAAAGCCGACUCUACAGGUCAUGAUGUGGGGAGGUAUCUGGAAAGAAGGAAGGACUCCUUUAGUGGUGAUGACACGCGAUGAAGCCGCUCAGCGGCGCGGCUAUAUAAAGGCUUUACGAGAGGGCCUACUUCCUCACUAUGACGGCACACGGCGUUUUCAGCAAGAUAAUGCUCGAAUUCACACCUCUCAUACUGUUACUACCUUCCUACAACAUCAGGGCAUCGAGUAUAUUGACUGGCCGAAGAACUCGCCGGAUUUGAACCCGAUUGAGCACUAUUGGGCCAUUCUGAAGAGACAGAUUAGAAGAAUGUUCCCUCAUCUACGUAAUUUACGUGACAAUAGCAUCGAUAUGAUAGAAUUCCAACGCUGUGUGCAAAUUGCGCACAAUUCAAUCCCUCAGCAGCAGAUUACAGCACUUAUUGACUCUAUGGAGCGCCGCUUGCGCGCUGUGAUUCGGGCGCGAGGAUGGUAUACCAGAUAUUAA